UAUCACAUAAACUACAAAGCAGACAUGCAUACACUGCCAUUGAGAAUGGAGAUGACAAUGUGUUUUCCACUAUUGCUGCUGAUCUGCUCUUUCUCUACGGCUCAGCAACUUCAAACAGAGUCUGACAACAAAAUUAUUCCACAUGGAAAGCAAACUGAAUCCCAAGAACGAGAACCAACAAAUGCUUCUGACCACCAACAUACCUGUACAGAAGACAUCCAUGCUGUGCUAAGAGAGAUGAGCGCCUCAUUGGGUGAACAGAGGGUGGAGAUGAGACACUUACAGAGAGAGAAUGAAGCACAGGCAGCUAAGCUUAGAGAACUGGAGUUGCAAAAGACUGAGGUGGACAAGCUGAAGCAACAGCUACAAGCACAGGCAGCAGAGCUGAUCACCAUGAAAGCCAGGACAAAUGUCACGGAAAAUAAGGUGGAGGCUCUAAAGAGAGAUGGAGAAGUCAAACAGGUGGCUUUCUCAGCCUCUCUGUUGGCUUCAGGCUCAGGAACUGUUGGACCAUUUAACACACACACUCCUCUGGUCUUCAGACAUGUCGUCACAAACACUGGAAAUGCCUACAACCCAAACACAGGUUUUUUCAUUGCACCAGUGAGAGGAGCCUACCACUUUGAGUUCUACAUCGGUGCACAUGGACAUGCUUCACAUCCUUCAAGUGCUGUAUUGGUCAAGAACGGAGAGCAUGUUUGCAUUGCUUAUGAGCAUCAGCCAUCCCAUUAUGGGACUUCUGCUAAUGGCGCCACGCUGCUUCUAGAGGUCGGAGAUGUUGUGUUUUUGCGUCUGUGGGUUAACUCAAGGAUGUUUGACAAUGAACAUCACCAUAGCACCUUCAGUGGUCAUCUGCUUUUCACCUUGUGAGAGGGAAGCAGUCCUUGUUUUUCUUCAGCUAUGUGAUAGCCAAGCACACACUGCAGCCGUGUAUUGGUACUUGUUGCUAAAAGUGUAUUUUUCCUUUUAUAUGAAAGCUGAUUGACAUCACUGUGCAACAAUAACCACUUUCUUUUCACUAAGAAAAGGUUGAUGAAUUUUUCAUCCUCAUUUCGUUCUGGAUUGGCAUCAAAAUACACAGUGAUAGAAUAAUUGUGCCAGAUUGUUUUAACAUUAGAUUAAGGAAAUGCAGUAAUUCAUGAGAAAAUUGUGGAAAUGUUUGCUUUUUUUAUUUAAAAGUAUCUAAGUACCUUGACAUACAGGAUUACUGUAUCAGUACCUGCAAAUUAAAGUCUCAUGUACAGUAUUUAUCCUGUAUAUGAAAGCUGCAUGACAAAACUUUGCAGCAACAAUAAUCAGAAUCAGAAAUACUUUAUUUAAUAUAAUGUGUACAUAUUAAGUAUAUUCUAUUAUUAUUAUGUUCUCUUACAUUUGAAUAAAAGCAUAUACAUGUCA